CCGACAUCGACAGUUCCGCGCGCAAAUGUCGAGGGCGUCGGCUACGACGGCGGCGGCAGCGUCCAAAGCACCUUCGAACGCUCCUCCGAUCAGGUUAUAUGAGGCAGAAGACAUUCCAGAAGGCACGAAACCUCCAAACACUCUUCGGAUCACGGUGAUCCGGGCCCGCGGUGUUGCCAUGGCGGCACUCCGGUCGACGACAAGUCUGUACUGCAAACUCUCCUGCGGUGGUUUUGAGCAUAAGACAAAGCUCAAGGCCAAGACGCUCGAUCCGACGUGGAACGAGACGUUUUCGUUUCGCAGCCCCGACUUGCUCACGACGUGCACAAUAACUGUCGCCGACAAAGUCAACAUCAAGAAGAGAUUCGUGGGCCAUGUUCGCAUUGUGGCAUCGGACAUUGCACAGGAACCCAUGAUGCGAUGCACACGCAUGUUUCCCUUGCUCGACAAGGCGUGGGAAGCUCGUGAAAAACCACUCGGAGAGCUCGAACUCAAAGUCAGCCUAGUCUAUGAGCGCGAACACGACGCUGUUAUGCUGCACAGCAAGGGUGUCGCAGCAGAAGAUCGCGGAAUGGGUGACGGGGGUGAUGCUGUCGUUGUCUGGGACACAGGGGACGGCGAAGGCGUUGCAGUCCAGCAGGACGAAACCGAGGAAGAAGCGUUGUUGAGGAAACAAGAGCUCGAAUGGCAGGAGAAGCAGCGCCAAGAAGCUAUCAUGUCCAACAUCCCCAAGGGCGACUACCAGAUUCAGGCACACAUCAUCGAGGCCCGCGACAUCAAGGGCGAAUUCUUUGACGGGACCUCUGACCCGAUCUGCUACGUUGAAGUGCUGGACAAGCGCCAAAAGACACACGCCAAGUUCAAGGCGCUCUCGUGUGUCUUUGACGAGAUCAUGUUUUUCCAUUUCCACGGCAUCGGCCGAGACGAGUUGGAGACAGCCACCAUCAACGUAUCGCUCUACGAUCGAAACAUCGUUCGUCCCAACACUAUUAUCGGAACGUAUCAAUUCGACGUAAUGUCCAUCUACUGCCGACCAAAACGUGAAAUGUACCGACAAUGGGUCGCUCUCGUCGAUUACAAAAACAAAGACGACAGCGGCAUCCAAGGCUUUCUGCUCCUGAGUUUGGCCAUGGUAGGCCCGGGGGAAUCGUUUCCAGUCCAUGACACGACGACAACAUCUGCGGUCGACUUGACCCUAGUCGAGUCACCGUCCAUGCUCCUUCUCCCCCCUGCGGUUGAACAACACGUUCAUUUUCUCGUUGUGACAGUGUACGUCGCUGAAGACGUGCCGCCGAUGGACGGACACAUUGUGUCAUCGUCUGGCAUUGGCAUCGACGGGUUCGUACGAGUCGACUUUGCCGGAAAUCGCAAGUGCAAGUCGAGCGUUGUCACAGUCAAAGGCACAAGCAAUCUGACUGUGCCAUUCUACGAAGAGUUGUGGAUUCCAGUCAUGAUGCCUACGAUGAGUCGCCGGAUCUCGCUCAGCCUCCGCGAUCGAGAGUUUGGCCGAUCCAGCGACGUCGUUGGCACCGUUACGUAUGAUUUUCGAUCGGUCCCUGAAGUACAUCACGACAUGGCGGACUCGUCCAACCUCGUCUACUUGCGUGACGUGCCGCUGCGGUACAUCAACUUGUACGGCCCACCGAUAAAGCACGUGGACGCGAAAGCGAGUGAAAUCAUGAAAAAGUAUCCCGAUCACGCUUCGACGUAUCGUGGCCGUGUUUUGGUCAGCUUUGCCCACGUAACGAAACCGAAUCCAGACGACAGCGAUCGAUUCUUUGUUCGAGAAGUCGAGGACGAAGACUGGGAGGCAUUAAAGCCACCCACGACUCGCUACGUCCUGCGUGUGAGUCUUCUCGCGGGACAGGACUUGCCCACGGUGCGAUCCAAGACUGGGCUGCCUGUUCGGUUGUUUGUCGUCGUGUCGAUCGGGCCUCAUGAAAUGCGGUUCGAAGCAAACACCGCCAAACAUGGCAACAUUGUAUGGGGAUUGACGCAGGAGGUGAAAAACAUCGUUCUCGCGUCCGACUUUACGCAAGUGCCAGAUAUCAUUGUCACGUUGUGCAAGGACACCGCCGAAACCGACGACCCCGUCGGCGUCUCGUUCGCUCGAUUGCGCGCGGGAGAAAUUGUGGCCAAGGGGAUGGAGCCUGGUGUGUCGUGGCUGCAUUUGCGAGAAGAAAUUUGCCGCAAAGGAAACAUUCCCGUCGGCCAAUAUCCCGGAUCGCUCUUGAUGCGCGUGGCGUUGGGGCGAGAAGAAGUUGCAGCGAGGCAGGUGUGGGCGAACGAUGCCAGCUCUGUCACGACAACGAUCCCUGCACUCGUGCGAGUGCACGUGUUUCAGUGCAAAGGGCUUGUCAUCGACAAUCUAAAGUCGAAAGGCGCGCUGCCCGAUCCGUUCGUUCAAGUGCACUUUAACGGUGUCGUCAAGAAGACAAAGCCGCGCAACCGCACGCUGGAUCCGCUCUACUACGAGUCGUUGCAAUUUGAAACGACGAUACCAGCGCAAACCGAGUAUGCCGGCGAAGUCUGGUUGCAGGUCGUCAACAAGGUUGGAUACAACAAUGUCAAAUACAUGGGCGAGUACCGCGUCCCGUUGUCCAAAUGCUCCAAGGCAUCGACCGUGCCAUAUCCAUCGUGGGUAAACCUGACCAAGACGGAUAUGGUUGAGGAAGCAGUCCCUGCGGGGCAAUUACUUGUGUCCGUGCAGUUUAUCGAGCACCCGACGGCCGAAGAUCGGUCAGCCACACUUCCAUCAAUUGUGCCCGAGUGCCGCGAAGCGUAUGUCGACAUAAUUGCGCUCGGCGUGCGCAAUCUCAAGAGUAACAACUUGAUGCACAUUCAAAAUCCAUUUGUCGAAUUCGAGCUGACGGGGCUUAACUCGAGCGGGGAAAACAUUCAGCGACGGACAAAGGCCAGCCACGAGCCCACUAGCAAGAACGCCAAUUUUCUCGAACGCCUCGUCAUUCCCACCCGCCUUCCCAUCGACGUUUUGUUUGCGCCGCAAUUAGUGCUCAAGGUGUAUGACAGCACGCUGGCGGGUCUCCAUCAGCCGCUCAUUGCAUCGUGCGUGAUCGAUCUCACGCACAAGUUACCAUGGAGUCCAAGCUACGAACCACCCCAGCAACAAGAAUUCGACUACCACCUUGACCUCGCCAAGCAACGGAGCAAAAAAAAACGGGCAAAGCAACUCAAAGACACACUAGAGACGGCCGUCGGUGCGCCUGCCGAUAUUGAAAAGGACGCGACGAGUGAAGAUGCGACAAAGAGCGAAAGUCCCCAUGGAGAAGAUGAAGCGUCACAUCCACCGCGCCACCGCGUUGCCGAUUCCGACGAAGAAGACGACGACGUGAAGAUUAACGAAGUGUCGCCACCGGCGAUUCAUGAUGACGAUGGGACUGGCAUUGGAGUGUUAGCGUUACCGCCCGUGUCGUUCGAAGCCUCGGUUGAGUCCAAAGAAGACCCAGCUGUGCUGCAGCAAGUCAAACAAGAGGAAGAUCGGCGAUUAUUUGCGUCCGUCGAGGACGCCAAGAAGAAGGGCCAAGUGUACUACAUCUCGGACCCGAACGCCAUGUCGUCAUCGGUUCAAAACGCCGAGGAAGUCCAUGCUGUCGACAGCCCCGCGUACUACACCGGUCGCGAUUGGUGGCUCAAGGCCCACGGCGAAGAGCUCGAGGACUUUUUAAAAACAGCACCGUUCGAGUCAUAUCCGCUUUUCCGAGCGCACACGAUGAUUCCGUCCUUCUUUCGGAAGAAGAAGACUAAAGUCCAAGUUCAAACGGGAAUUUUUAAAGGGUUGGUCGCCGUGACGUUGAAGCCGCAAAAGACAAACCCGCUCAUCGACUUUGUCUCGUUGACCGAUCCCCAGCCGUACGAAGUCCGCGUGUACGUCCUUCGAGCGACCAACUUGCAGCCAAAGGAUCGAAACGGUCUGAGCGAUCCGUACUUGCGCCUCACUCUGGGCAAGACCCGCUUCAACGACCGCCUCGCGUACAAGAAGAAGACACUCAAUCCCGACUUUUAUAAGUGCUACGUAUUUGACACGACCAUUCCAGGCCCGUCCCAGUUGGCGAUUCAAGUCUGGGAUUAUGAUCGCAUCGGCACCGACGAUUUCAUCGGGGAAACAAUUAUUGACUUGGAGGAUCGGUGGUAUCACCGAGCGUGGCAAGACAUUGGUUUCAAGCAUCCACAAUUGGAUGGGUCCGGGACCUUGAAGCCCAUCGAACACCGGCACUUGUGGACAGGCAAAGAGUCGACGUCCCAGGGGUCGUUGCAACUAUGGGUCGACAUUCUUACUCCUGCCCAAGCCGCGUUGUACGAGGUGGUCAAUAUCGAGCCGCCACCGCCGCAGAAGUUUGAAGUUCGUGUGGUGAUCUGGCGGUCUGAAGGCGUGACCGAUCGAGAUAUGAACACGAUGAACGAUCUGUUUGUAAAAGUAUGGAUGGAAGGAAUGAAGCCGCAAACGACGGACACACACUGGCGCUGUUCGACCGGCAAAGGCAGUUGGAACUACCGCCUCAAGUUUGUUGUGCAGAUGCCCAUGAAACCCGAGUUUGGCAGGUUGACGAUUCAGUUGUGGGACAAAGACUUGGCGAAAUGGAACGACCUGAUCGGCGAGGCUCAAUUGGACUUGUACAAGUGGAUCUACAAAUCGUUUCAUGAAAGGCGAACUGUGCGCCCAUUCAAGGAGCAAAAUGCUGGCAAAGGCGGGUACAUGGGCGAGAACGGCGGCGAGGCAGUGAUGGAGGACGAAGAAGACGACGACGACGGCGGCGACAACGGCCCUGACCUCGAAAACAACGAACAGCACACACCUUUGCUGGACGGUGACCACAAAGCCAAAAAGAAAACGAAACUCGGGGGCAAAAUUAAGCACAACCUUGACAAAGUGCUGAAAAAAGUCAAACGAAGCAAGGACACGCUUACACCGGAGGAACGACAGCGCCGAAGAGCUGAAAAAGAGUCAAACGAGAAGGACGAAGCGUUUCAGUCGAUUCUGGACAUGCUGGGUAUGGGUCGGCUCUCGGACGACUCGGAGUGGCUCGAAAUGCGGUACACAAAUCGAGAAGCAGGGAUAUCUGAAUCGAUGGGAAGAUUGGGAGUGUGCAUUCACAUCGUUCCAGAAGUCGAAUUCUUGGCAACGCCGGUUGGGUCGGGCCGAGACGAGCCUAACAUCAACCCGUACCUUCCUCCCACCGUCGGGCGAAUUCGAUUCAGUGCCAAUCCGUUCUCCAUGCUCAAGGAGCUGCUCGGGCCCGAGUUAUGUGGGAAGCUCGCGUGCUUUCUUUGUUGCGCAGGCUGCCUCAGUUUCAUGGCGCUCUUUGGUGCGAGCAUCAUGAGCACACUGACGUUUUACCAGCAGCUCCAAAACUCAAAGGAUAAAUCGUAAAGAGUGCUUUCAACGGGUGAUUACGGCGAACCACAUCACACUUUUUUAGUGUGCCUACGACUGAGCAAACAAGCUCAAAAAAUCCUGCCGCGACAGCUCUCCAUCAAUGUUAUGGACACAGAGGAGGAGGACUGUACCACUCCCAGCGACGUGUGCAGC